AUGGGUGCUUCUUCCAAGAAGGAUCGUUUGAAGGAUGUGAAGGUGAAGCCUCCGGAUAAGAGUGCUGCGAUACGUUAUGUUAAAAAUGAGGUAGAUGUGAAUGAAAUGGUUCCUCCUGGAGUUGUAGAACAGUCAUCAGCUACAAUCUAUCGUGCACGACGUAAGACGAAUGCUUCUGGUGCUGUUGCUACGGGGAUUGGGAAAGCUGAAUGGAAAAUGGAGGGAAGGGGUUUCAGAGUGAAGAAUCGUGCUAGGAAAAUUAUGGCUCAUAGUUGCCCUAUGGAUGCUGAAGGAUAUUAUGAUAAUUCGGGAAUAGAAGAAGAAACUGAGAUUGAGUCUGGGAGUGAAGGGGUAUGGGAAUCUGAUUCGAGUAAUCAACAAAACAAUAGGAAGGAAUCGAUUAAGGUGGUGUAUGCGAAUAUUAAGCAUGUUCAAUCUGGGGAGAAGCAUUCAGUUGCGUCUGAAAAUCAUAUCCCGUCAGGUAAUACUGCUUAUCUUUCUAAAAAUUGGGAGAAUUCUAAAUUAGGAGAAGAGAUGUUAAGCCCUAAUACUGAACUAAAGGAUAUCACUAAUCAAAUGAGAUCUGCUAAUCCUACGAUUGUUAUUAGUGAUAUUGCUGGGCAAGGUUUGUCUAGUAGUAUUGAUUGUAAUGAUGGUUCUGCUAGAUCUGGGUUAGAUGGUUUUGAUCCUAAGGGUAGUGGUAAAAUGGUUAAUAAGGAAAGUGGUAUGGUGUAUGAAGAAUUUAUUCAGGGAGUAGGGUUCUCUUUUCUUAAAAAUGAUAAACAGAGCCAACUGAAGAAUGAUAGUAAGUUGAAAUCUGUUGAAAUUGAUAUGGAUAAUGGGGGAAUUGCAAGUAAUGAAGCUGAGGUGUAUUGGGAUGAGAAUGGUAAUUUGAUAAAUACUAAGGAAGGAGUUUCAGAGUCAGAAAAGGAAAUGAAAGAUGGAAAAGAGGAGGUGAUUCCUGUUAGUUUGAAGAAUAUGAUGGGAACAGUUAUUAAUAGUAUUAAUUUGGAACCAUCGAUUCUUGGAGAAGCAGGAAAAGGAGGUAAGAGUUUGUCUAAUGGAGAGGCAAGUGAGGUUCAUGUAGUAGCUGAAAGUGGGAAGGUGAAUCUCUCUAAUUCGUAUGCUGGUGUUUUAAAAGGAAAAAUGCAUAAGGGAAAGAUUGACGUUAAAUUCAUUCUAGGGGAAGAUGGGAAUGAAGAUGGGCCAGUAAUAAUUCCUAUUGAGAAUUUGAAGAAGGCUAGCAUUCCGUAUUCUAAUACUUUGUAUGGGUAUUUGAUUGAUAAGAAGCUAUCAUUUCCGGUUAUUCAAAAGGAGUUGAGGCGUAUGUGGAAGAAUGUGGGAUUGGAGGAGAUUUUUAUGAAAUAG